GGAAGCGUUGCCGUCCGUGCCGGUUUCCCGGAAGUGGUGAGUGGGCGAGGAGAUUCCCUGCCUGGGGGCGGGGAGGACGACGGAGGAGGAAGGAGCGGGGCGCGGGCAUGUCCCGCCCAGGACCGCAAUGAGGUUGGCGCAUUGGGGCUCCAUCAGCCCGAGCGGAGUAGCAGACAGAGGCUCAGGCAGGGGAGGCCGGGGAGCCGCGGCACUCUCCUCUCUUCCCUGCGCUCCUCGCGGCGGACGGCCUCGUCCACCUCCCCCUUCCGCCUCACCUGCGCCAGCGCCCGGGAGUUCUCGCUUUUCGCAUCGCAGCAGGUAGCGAAGCACGGUCUGCCUUGCGCUUCAUGCGCAGGGCGGCGGCGGCUCUCGGUGCUGCAGGAAGGCCCCUUUCCCACGGCUGACACCUGGCUCGUCCCCUCACGAGUGAAAGCUCCCUCCUGCCCAGAGCCCACAUCCCGCGUAGGCGGCUGUCGCGCCUAACACAAAACGUCCGCGCGCCUUCGACGGCAGCGCAGGCCGGCGACGUCGGUUCUGACCGGUUGCCGCUCUCUCUGGCCUCGCUACGUGAAGAUCUGACGGCAGUACCAUUCCUUAGCUCUAAAUUACAUUAUUUGGAAUUUAGCCCUGCUGAGUUUGUAUAGUAUCUGAAAUAAGUGUACUUCGCAGUUCCAGUUUACUUCAGUGGGAUUUGCUUCGAUGCUUCAUAUGGACUAAAGAUUCAUUGACUACUAUAAUGGAAAAAUCAUGGAUGCUUCGGACUUUCAUUGAAAAGUGGCUCCUUGCACUGGUCUCAUGGUCCUGGGGCCUCUGCCGUAUCUCUCUCUUACCUUUGAUAGUAACUUUUCAUUUGUAUGGAGGCAUGAUAUUACCUCUGUUAAUAUUUGUAUCUAUUGCAGGUAUAUUAUAUAAAUUCCAGGAUGUGUUGCUUUAUUUCCCAGAGCAACCUGCUUCAUCACGACUCUAUGUCCCCAUGCCUACUGGCAUCCCACAUGAAAAUAUCUUCAUCAAAACCAAAGAUGGUGUGUUGCUCAAUCUGAUUCUUCUCAGAAACACAGGAGACAACUCCUCAUAUUCACCUACUAUCAUUUACUUUCAUGGAAAUGCAGGAAACAUUGGUCACAGACUACCCAAUGCUUUGCUGAUGCUGGUAAACCUGAAAGUAAACUUAUUGCUGGUUGACUAUAGAGGCUAUGGAAAAAGUGAAGGAGAAGCAAGCGAGGAUGGCAUCUAUUUAGAUUCUGAGGCUGUGUUAGACUACGUGAUGACUAGAUCCGAUCUUGACAAGACGAAAAUUUUUCUCUUUGGACGAUCCUUGGGGGGAGCAGUUGCUAUUCACUUAGCGUCUGAGAAUUCCCAUAGGAUUUCUGCCAUCAUGGUGGAGAACACAUUUCUUAGUAUCCCGCAUAUGGCCAGCACUCUGUUUUCUUUCUUUCCAAUGAGGUACCUUCCUUUGUGGUGCUAUAAAAACAAGUUCCUCUCCUAUCGAAAAAUAUCUCAGUGCAGAAUGCCUUCACUCUUCAUCUCUGGGCUUGCUGACCAGUUGAUUCCUCCAGUUAUGAUGAAGCAGCUUUAUGAGCUUUCCCCUGCUCGGACUAAGAGAUUGGCAAUAUUUCCAGAUGGAACUCAUAAUGACACUUGGCAGUGCCAAGGCUACUUCACAGCACUUGAACAAUUCAUCAAAGAAGUUGCAAAGAGUUAUUCCCCUGAAGAAAUGGCAAAAAUGUCAUCUAAUGUAACAAUAAUAUAACUAAUUCCAGUCUUUCUGUCUGAUACAACUGCAUUGUACCUGGAUUUGUAGAAAGUGAUAAAGAAUGACAAUUUUUAAAGUAUGUACUCUUGUCUUGUACUUAUCUAAAGAGCAAAAUUAAACAUGGAGAGAUCUAAUAAAUUAUGAGCCAGAUAGUUUUCACACUUAGCGUUAUAAAUUAGUGAUGGUUUUGAUAAAAUUAAUCUUAAUUUCCAUUUCUUAGAUUAAGACACAUUAUUAAGCUUAUUGCUAAAAUUUAAAUUAACCCUGGGGGAGAUUUGAUGUGGUGCAAGGGGGAUCCACUUGUGCAAUGGGACUUCUUUCCUUUGUAGCCCACCCGCCUUCCCAAAUUUUGCUCCAGAGGAUUAUAAGAUCCUCCAUAGAGCGGGGUGGGAUGGAUCAGGGAGAAGAGAAACCAGAAGUUCUGUUGCACAAGCAGAUUUCUGUUGGGCAGGCAGACAGACAUCAUUGGAUGUUGCCCACUGGUGUUAAGAGAAGAACAGAGCUGUUGCGUGCAGUGUGUUUUGGCUGCAUAGGUAACCAUGAUUAGCAACACACUCUGUAGCUAGAGCUUUGGGAUGCAUGAUAAACCCCUGAAUCCUUUUGUUAUGCAUCUCUGAUUGUGUAGUGUGCUUAACAUUAUAAGUAGCACUAAUGGCCCCCUGGGCUCCUUUGGGAGAAAAGGUAUGGUAGGAAUUAAAAAAAAUAUGGAAGUACACUCAUUGCUUCUUACAUCCACAUGCAGGAUGAAUGGGGAAAAGUUGCAUUUAAAGUUAAUGAUAUAUUAGUGUUGAUAUUCUCAUGCAGUCAUGAAGACGGUCUGACUAGUGUUCAUUUUGCUGUGUUUGCAAAGGUUCACUGCCCCUUAGCACUUGUGCAUUGUGCCUCUUGUGCUUGUUCCCCUAGAAGCCAUGAGUGCUUAAUGCAUCAAACCUAAAGUCUGGUUGGAAUAUUGCUUUCUACUUAAAUAGCAAUAUGGCAAUUGGGAGAAGUUGGACUACAGGGAAAGGGGCUUUUAAAAAAAAUCUACUGCUAACAUUUACUUCUGCUUUUCAUAUCAAACUCCUCUUUAAUUAUUUUUAAAUGUUUAAUUUAAAAGUUUUCUUGUAGGGGAAUUGGUUUUCUUUCAUUGCAGCAUGUUGUCAUUUUCUAAACACUGUUGACCAUUGUCAUGUAACAUGAAUAGAACUGAAAAUAUUUUGGUUAUUAAAGGCCAGAAUCCUAGGUGUACUUCUCAGGAAAUAAGUCCCACUAAACAACAGGACUUCCUCAUGAAAAUAUACUUGGGAUUGAGCUAUUAAGAGGGCCAGACUAAGUAUUAAAUAAUGAUUGGUAGGUAGCUAGCUGUGUUGUUCUGACGUAGUCAAAACAAAAUAAAUGACAAACUUAAGGUGCUACUGGAAAGAUUUUUUUUUAUUAAAUAAUGAGUUUGAUAUUGAGUAUACUUUACAAAAUCAAAUUACUUAUUCUAUUAGGAUAUCUAGUGUGUGUUUUAAUUUAUUUUUGCUUUAUAAACAAUGCAUUUAUUGCAAAAAAACUGGGCUUUUUAUUUUCCGAGAAAAAGAAAAAAACAGUUUACCCAUUUAGACUGCUCCAGAAUCUUACAGAAUGCAAUUUUAACCACUCAUUUGUUAAGAUGCAGUAAAAUAAAACAUUCAGUUUUGAAAACUGGUUGUGCUUAUUUGAAGAGAGCAUAAAUCAAGGUAUUAUGCAUAUGCUCGUGCAGGAAGUGGAAAACUAAUGGGUAAUACUCAAUUGUUAGUCAGACUCAGAAUAUACAAAUUGAUAUCAGUGGACUGAAAUUGCUUAAAUCAAUUGAUUCCAUUGAUUUCAGUGAGUCUGCUGAGUAUGACUAACAUGGGAUAUUGCCCCUUAGAACCAAUAUUGAGUAUUUGAGGACAUUUUCUUUGUUUUUCCUCUCUGUAUCUUCUCUGACAUAAUUGUUUCCUGAUUAGUCUUCUUCCAACAUCUCAUUCAUCAUUCUAUUCACAGUUAUUAUAUUACACAGAAAUUGCAAAUAAUCUCUUAAAUAAUUUGAUAUAUUUCAGCAACAACAGCAUUUGUACUUUGCCAUUCUUUUUUGUGGUAUGCUAUUUUAGUUUUGGAAACAUGCCUCUAUUAGUGUUCACAGAAAGUAAAUUAAGCCUGAUACAAAACCUUCAGCAUUAGCAUGCAAUAGCAUACUGUAGGAUGUAGAUCAUACCAUCCACAGUCGUAGAAAGCCUGAUGUGAAAACAGCGCAGGAAUGCUGCAAUGACACCCUAGACGACAAUGAUCAGUAUAUUAUUGGCCUGAGUAUUGCUUGGAAGAGAAUCUUAUAGUAAUUAUUAAUCUUACAGCAUUUGUUGUAGAGACGUCCCUUUUCCCUUAUCUUUUUAUAAUGAAAUGUGUAUUUGCUAUGUGCACUUUGACUUUGCUUGGAGCUCAUCAUCUUGUAGAAAAAAUAUAGGUUACAUUAUCUUUUAUAUAAGAGCAACUGAACAGCCUUUUGUGGAACAGUAAAUCAGCUGAGACUUGAACUUUGAAUUUUGCCUCUGAAAUUUGUGGUACUUUCCAGAAAGAUUAGGAAUGGUCUAGUUUUGAAUAGAGAAUGAUUCAUUGACUCCCCAGUUAUGCCUGAAGAGAUAAGAGAAGCUUAUGCUUUCAAGUAAGUACUUGUGCAGAGCUAGAGUAAGAUGCUUAUAUGAAAUUUGUGCUUGUUUUGAGUAUUUCCAUAGGAACUGUACAAAGCCCCCUCCAUUUCAGAUGUCCCCCUACCCCCUUGGGAAGGUGAGACUUUUAAAUAUAGCACAAGCUUAUUGGGUCCAAUUAUAAUGACAGAUGUAUUGUUUUGAAUACAUUUUUAUCUGUGAUAAUUCAGCAAAAAAUCUGGAUUAAUUUAUGGGACCAAUUGAGGGUCUGUUCUCAAGGGUUUGUGCAUUGUGGCACAAGGUGAUACUGAAAUCAGAGUAACGAUAUUUAAAUGUCCUUUUGGUGCUCUUAUUUAUUUGCUAAGGUUAUAUACCCUACCUUCUGCUUUGGCAGAUCCACAAAAUUAAGACUACUGAAAUUUCAGUAAAAUUCAAUUAGAAAAUAAGUAUGGGGAAACAUCUAUAGAUUUUUGUUGUUUAUGUAACUUUUUGCAAAUGACACAUAACUUUUCUUGCCAAAAAUUUUUUGCUGCAUGCAAUAGAAUUAAAGAUACUUGUGGGUUCAAUUUUGAAUGUUUCACUUAGAUCAAAACAAAAAUUAAAACUGCAGCCCCAUGUAUUUUCACUUAAAGUAAAUAUUGUUGAGUUCUGUGAGAUUUGCUUCUAAGUGAACAUGUUUAGGGCCAGACUGUUGGUAUAUGUGUGUUUUCUACAGAUUAAAAACAAUACUUGUCAUUUCAUAUUUUUAGACAUGCAUUUAAUUAAACACUUUCAUUUUCAUUUUAAUCUGCCUUUUUUUUUUUACAAUAGAUUGAUUUUCCUUUUACAUAACCUCUAUUUUUAUGUACUAACAUAUGCAAUAAAUUGAUAACACCUACAAUUGCUAAUAGCCUUUUCUGUGUGUUUGGUUUGUUUUCAGUAUAAUUAUCCUUCUGAUUCUCUGUCAAUUUCCUGUAGUUUCAAAAUGUAGAAUAAGCCAUCAGUUGGGCAGCAGUGGAAAAAAUCUCUUAAUACUUAAAACACUGCCAACUUAAUCUGUUAUACAUUCAGUUCAGUUAAUUUUAAAGGCAUGUAUGACUUGAUUAAGGAUUGGUUGCUGUUUGGUAUAUAGUAUGCCCUGUGGGAUAAGCUUAUCCUUUUUCGGCCAGUGCAUCAAAACUGUUUUCAGAUAGACUCUUCUUCCUUACUUCAAUAUGUUGUAGCAUGGCAUAUUAAUACGAUUAGUAUUUCACAUCCUUCAGUUUCUCUUGCUAUGCUGCUGCCUAAUCCUGGCACAUGGCACCUGAAUAUUUCAUUUUUGAAUGAUGAUUUCAAAAGGCAAACACAGGCUCUGAACUCCGGGAAUCAACUCUUUGGGCUUCAAGCUCCCAGGCUUUCAUCCCACCACCCACUCCUUAAUUUGGAGGUGGGGAGUGAAUUGAAGAAGUUGAAGUUGACCUAGAAAGGGGGGGAAAGGGCCAGAUAGUCAUCCAAAUUGCACAAAUUCUCAGGAAGCACUAGUGACAGCAGAACCAACACUAUGAUGCUGCUGCAAUCGCUUAGAAAACUACUCAACGCAGCCACACCAGCGAUGACUGGAAAAAAUGAAUGCUGAUCUUGUCAACUGCAGAGCCCCUGUGUAGUUUGCUGACUCCUCUCCUCCCUCCGUACCAUUGCAAAUUAUUGUGAGUGGCAGACAUAGAAAAAUGCUACAAAGGUGCAUCAGGUUGAUGGGCUGCUGGUUCACCACCUGUGACAGGAGAGGCUUCCUUCUCUCCCCUUUUAGAACGAAAGCUGGAAAUUCAGGCCAGUUAUCAGCCCAAAGAGAUCCAAGCAAACCCUAGAAAAUUGGGUCUUAGGGCAACCCAUAUUUUUCUAGUCAAGAGAUAUGGAUCUAGUUCUUUUACUCUGAAAGACUACUAACUGAUACAGUUCUAAUAUACUUGCUUUCCAUAACAACCGAACAUUACGAGGAUUAUCAUACUGUAGGUGGCAGUGUUUCAUUUAUAGUAUACUUUUGAUAUGACUUCGCCAAAAUCCGUGGCAUGGACAUGGUACUGUAGUGUUUCUGUGGAUCUUUCUACUUAGACAUGUUAUUUACUCUGGAGAAGUGAAGGAUGUAACUCAAUUUUCAGAAACUACAACUGACUUUUUCCAUUGUGUGGAAACUUUGCUUCAGGGAACUGAUUGAAAUGUUGGCCGUUUCAAGAAACCAGAAACUUGCACAACAUGGUGAUGAGAGGCAGGUAAGCUAACCAAUAAUGAUCUGAGAAAGAGUAUCAAACAGCAACAAUAAAAAUUUAGAUGAGUAAUUAAGUUCAUGAGCCACCGCUUACCGCUCUGAAAGCUGGUGUUUUAUCAGCAACCCAGAGCAGUACUAACAGAGCCUUGAUUCACUUGGUGAAGAAAAGUAUUGGAAGGGACCCCAAGGAUCAUCUAGUCCAACCUCCUGCAAUGCAGGAAUCUCAGUUAAAGCAUCCAUGACAGAGGGCUAAUAAGUCUUCAUCGGACCAAAAAGGUGUUUGGUGGCUCCAAGCAGGCCUCACUCCAGAGAGCAUGGAACUGAGAAGGCCAUCUCCCUGGUUGCCAUACUUGUGCCUCUCUCAGCA